AUGGAUCUGUGGCGGGGUUACGGCUACUACCCACCGUCACUGGCCGCCGCAUCGUCCGCUGGCUCAUUGCCGCCACCACCUCCGUCGACGGCACAUUUCGCUCCGACCUUCGUUACUUCAACACCCUUUGGUUCACCACUUACCUGCUCGGCAUUUCCCAUUGACAAUGGUCAUACUGGUGUUAAUCAGCUCGGUGGUGUGUUCGUCAACGGUCGACCGCUUCCCGAUCAUAUCCGGGGACGAAUCGUUGAAAUGGCACAUCAGGGCGUUCGACCAUGUGACAUUUCCAGGCAGUUGAGAGUGAGCCACGGAUGCGUCUCAAAGAUUCUCGGGAGGUUUUAUGAGACGGGAUCUGUUAAACCCGGCGUUAUUGGUGGUUCGAAGCCAAAAGUGGCCACCCCAAGAGUUGUCGGUUGCAUAGCUGCAUACAAAAGGGCGAAUCCCACGAUGUUCGCAUGGGAAAUACGUGAGAAACUUCUGCAGGUAGAGUGA